AUGAACCCAAACUCGAGAGGCAACUACCCACCUGGGUAUGGACCUCCAAAUCCAAAUCCAAAUCCGUACGCAAAUCCUUACGCAUACCAAAACGCACCAGUAUAUGACUACUCAUCCGGUCAAUACUAUUACCCUCCUAACGGAGCAUGGCAGCCUCAAGGCUAUCAACAACCUUAUGGCACGCAAAAUCCUAACGGAUCAUGGCAGCUACAAGGCCCCCAACCGCUAAAUCGCGACCAGCAAAGAGCUGCAGCACGAAAAGUUGUACUUCAGUGCGGCAAUUGCUCUCGCAUAGGUGAUGAGCUGAAAAGAUGUGUUGGUCCAGUUAAUGCAUUCGGUGUUAUCGAUGGAUGUCCAAUGUGCAACACAACGGACCACGUUCUUUUUGAAUGUGUCAAAGCAUGGAAAUCCGAUGGUAAUCAACGCCACUUGCUGAUGCUCGGUCGAAAUCAGAAAGCUAUGUUAUCAUGGCCAACUGAAUUGACUGAACAUCCAGUUUGGCAAGCCCUAUCCGCCGAAACCAGACCGAAAAUCUGGACACCAUCUUUCGCACUGCAGUACCAAUUGGAAAAUCCACAUUAUUGGAGAGACUAUGUUUACGCAAGGACAUGGCAGGAAGAUCCACUAAUUGCAGAAGACCCAGCCUGGGGAAAUCCUUCUCUCGUGAUUCAUCUCAAAGAUAGAUCGGAGAGAGGAUUGACCCGUAAUGCAAGCGGUCUCGGUCGUCGACCACAAUCACAACUUCCUCCACCAUCGGCACAAUAUUUUCCUCCUCCGAUGAUGCCGCAAUUUCCAUCAUACGCAUCGAAUCCACCACCACCGCCUCCACCUCCACCGCCGUCGCAGCCGCCAAGAUCAGCACCCGCCUCAUCACCUGAUACAAUUACUCUUGCAGGACUUGAGAGCAGCUUGACCAAAUUCGCCCAGAACUUGAUGAAUCUUGCUCCCGCUGGUGGUAAUAAUGGUCGUGGUCGGAAGAAGCUCGCCAUCAAGGGUGCAUCCAACGCCAAAGUCAAGGAUCGAAGUCAAAGCCCCAAAGGUCAGACUGAGACUGAAACUCACCGCGAAAGAUCGCCUCUCCGCACAUCCGGUGUCAAAUUGGCAGAUCGCAUAUUAUAUCCUAAACUCAAUUCCAGUCGGGUGAAGGCUGAUAAUGACGGCGAUAUCUCUGAUGAUGACGUGGAACCUUUGUUGAAAGUUGAGAAUGUGCUCUCUAACUUUGAUGAUGCUCCAGGAGAUGCAGGAGAUGCAGCAUCGGCAGCAAAAGCAGCCAGGAAAACGAUUCUCAAUCGUAAGAAUCGGGCGAGAGCAAAAGCCAGGCGCGAUGCAACCAAAGCCAAAAAUCUGAGUCAAAGCCCUGAAGCUCAGAUUAAGACUGAGACUUACCGCGAAAGAUCACCCCUUCGCACACCCUAUAUAAAGUUGGAAAAGUUGGAAGAUUCCAUGUCUUAUCCUGAACUCAAACCUAGUUGGGCGAAGGCUGAUAAUGACGUGGAACCUAAAGGCCAAUAA